CGAUCGAUAUACCGAAACAGACGGUCUCCUCAACUUUCGCGGCCCACAAGCAUCAUUCUACGUUUUCAUAUGCCAGAAGGUCCCCGAACGCCUUCUUGUCACCGAAAUGUUAGGCUAAGCUUUGUUCGCUCAAAUUGACCUGAAUAUCAACAUGACGAACGUGGCUAAUUCGGAAGAAACCAGCAGAUCUUUGCCUUCUGUACAGAGUUAGAGAUUAUCUCUUAUCCAUUUUUGUAUCCGGCGAUUGGGGUGAUCGUCAAAGACCAGGAUCCAAGCUUAUGGGAUUUCUGACAGCUUUAAAAUCUUUUGUAAACAAACUCGUUCCCCAGCUUUUCAAUUCUUUUGAACAUCAAUCUCUUAUCACACGAGCAUAGAACAAUCUCCAGAGACACCAACUUCUCUCUCCUCUUCUCAUCAUGUCUUUCUCCAGCGGAUUCUCAUCUCAUGGUCCAGUGGUCAUCGGGCCCAUCAGCUUGUCACCAUGGACAAAUUUUAACAAGCUGUGGACUUCAGUAAUGGGCUACCCAGCUGAAGAUUUCAAAUUUGUGCCUGGGAAAACUCCUUUCUCGACCCUGACCGAGACUGUUGCCACAAUCAUAUUAUAUGUUGUGGUGAUUUUUGGAGGCCGCGAAUUGAUGCGCAAUCGACAGCCUUACAAGCUCAAUGCAUUGUUCAAGGCACACAACUUCAUGCUCACAGCAAUCAGCGGAUCAUUGCUCAUUCUAUUUGCUGAGCAGCUGAUUCCAACUCUUUGGAAACAUGGUCUUUAUGACAAUAUCUGUGGUUCUAGUGGCUGGACUCAGCCAUUGGUGGUUUUGUACUAUCUCAAUUACUUGACCAAAUAUGUUGAGCUCAUUGACACCGUUUUCCUGAUGGUCAAGAAGAAGCCACUGACCUUCCUCCACUGCUAUCAUCACCCAGCGACAGCGUUGCUGUGCUAUACUCAAUUGAUCGGACACACUUCUGUCUCAUGGGUUCCAAUUACACUGAAUCUUACGGUGCACGUUGUCAUGUACUGGUACUACUUCCAGAGUGCUCGUGGAAUCAAGAUCUGGUGGAAGGAGUGGAUCACCCGUCUUCAGAUCACACAGUUUGUGAUUGACUUGGGCUUCGUAUACUUUGCAUCAUGGGAUUACUUCACCAGCACAUACGCUCCGCAACUCCCACAUGUGGGCACUUGUGCCGGAGAGCCAUUUGCGGCUGUUGCAGGUGACGUAAUCCUGAGCUCUUACCUGUUACUGUUCAUCUCUUUCUACAUUGCAACGUACAAGAAGAUGUCCAAUCGCCGAAACACAGCAAAGAUCGCGCAGAAGGCCGAGCUCAAAAUGGAGAAGACGGAGGUCCCAACAAUGAAGGAAACAGCAGAGAAGGCCACUCAAGUGGUCAGGGCUGCCAACGAAGGCAUGCACAAUUUCAGCCCAAGUGGACCAUUCUUCUAGGCGGGUCCAGAUCGAAGAUUUGAUCAGUGCAGGGAUAUUGGCGAUUGGUGGGGUUGAGAGAGUGGGGGACUGCGGAAGGAAAUCAUCGGAGAAUAAUUGUAAUUAUUUCGUUGUUCGGAAUAUUCUCCGGCAACAUGGGGAUUCACAUGCGUCGCAACAAUACCAUACUCGACAUUAAACUUAUGAC